AUGCCUAGGCGAUGUGUUGUUUACGGCUGUGCUAACACAGCAGAUACAAGCAAUGGUAUCUCUAUAUACGAGAUACCGUUCUGGGGUGAAAACACGCCCAUUGCAGCUAAACGAAGGGCAAAAUGGAUCAACUUCGUUCAUCGGAAGCGAGACAAAUGGAUGCCAACACCUUCGUCAGUUGUGUGCUCACAACAUUUUACUGAAGAUUGCUUUCAGUUUGGUUCAGAUGUGGUGAAGAAAUACAAGACUCCCAGACUAAAACGGGAUGAGCACGGAAUUUGUGUGUAUCCUACGAUAGACACAAAAUUAACCGGUGCAGAAGACAGUGAGCGCACGAAACACGCAAAGCAAAGGGCUAUCAGUAAACCAUCGAAGUUAGACGAAGAGGAAGCACCCACAACUUCAUCAGAUAUUUUAUCUGAUGAACCAGGCCCCAUGGAACAAGAAAGGAUACCAGCUGAAGAAUUGGAGCAUAGCCAGAAUUGCAGUAGCUGUGAACUCCUGAAAAAGGAAAACAAAAGAAUUCGCAGUUGCUGGCAAACAUCAAAACAGAAACUAAGUGCUGUUAGAGAAGAAUUACGUGCACUUAGAAGUGUAACAGGUGAAAGCAGCCAUGCCCAAGUACUUGAUGAUGAUAUUGAAAGUGACAAUGAGGAAUGUAGUGUGUCUGAGGAUGAAGCAGAGGAACCUUCAGAUGAAGUAUCUGAGGAUGUAGAGAUAGAAACAGAGACAACUGAUACAGAUACUGAUGAAGAUAUAAAUGUGCCUCCACGAAGGAUUCCUGCAAAGGAGUACAACCUUAGAACAGAGCCAAAGUUUAUUGUGUUUUUCACACAGUUGUUGACUCUUUCAUUUCUGCCGUGA